AUGGGGGGAGGUGGAAAAGAGCAAGCGCUCUGCAAGCGUUUCAGUUUUCUUCCCAUGUCCAUCGGGCAGCAAACUAGCAGUGGCGGAAGAGUUCACAAGUGCUCUCAGUAUCGCCAAAGAUCACAUAAGCCCAGCUCACAUACUCGGCUGGGUGCCGAGGAACGAGAGCAGAAGGGUGGGUCCUAUUCCCAAAGGCUGGCGGGUCGCUCCACAGCUACAGCCCCGGGCUACAGCAGUGCCCUGUCUCCUAGGAUGCCCUUCAUAGCGGAGGGAGUGAAGGAGGACAGCACUUACAAUAAGGCAUGGAAAGAUGCCCAAGAAGCUCUCAAAGUCCUACUCCAGAGAGAGAGAGAAGACAAGUCCCUCAAGCCAGAGCAGGACCGUGGGACAGCUUUCAAAACAUUAGCCACUUUCUAUAUCAAAUACAUGCAAGUCUUCCAUAACUUGGAGAUGGCCUACGACGAAACUGUUUGCCCACAAAAGCAACUAGUGAUUCAAGAAGUGCUAGAGGCCGUGAUGGGCCGGAUCCUGGAGUUGAAAAAUGACAUGGUGACGCUGGAGAAGUCAGAAUAUCAUUACUUUGAUGAUAUCCUACAAGAUCUAGACCUUCUACCGGAAGACAUAGAAAUACCUAUCCCAAGGUAUUUUGUUAUUGAAAAGCUGAAAGGCUUGGAGAGAGAGAAAUUCCUUGCUCAGAUUUUAUUUAAAGCUGGAUUACAAACACAGAAACCUGUCCAGUCCAUGGCUUUUGAAGAAGCUAUUAAAAUGAUCCAGGUUGCAGAACGGGCUCGUCAAGACCGCCUUCGAGCAACAUGGAUGAAGCAAAUCUACCUUGAAGAGAAGAGAUAUAGACGAGCUAAAUUUUGGGGCAAGAUAGGUCCAAAUCCAGAUCAUGCUGCCACUUGCAUUCAAAAGAUUUGGCGUGGAUUUAUCCAGCGCAAGAAAAUAGAGAAAAUGAGAGAAGAGGAGAUGAUAUUCCUGGGGAUGUGCCCACCUCCUCACUUCCAGACAACAAGUACUUCGCUGAUACAUGCCAGGAAAGUGAACACCCUGCAAGGUGAGGUCCAGCAGAGACAGGAGGAGGAGUAUCAGAAAGCCUUGGUAAAUAUCAAAGAUAGGCUGAAAGAAAUGGAGGGGUGCCACAUCAAAGAAACUCUCCAGUAUCAGAUCCGCCAGUGUUUCAUCGAGAGCCGGCAUAUCGUUGGCAAGUUUCCUGACUAUCCUUCUGAAGAAGCAGGAGGCUCAACAGCUCUUUUUUCUCAAAAAACCCCAGAGCAGGUUGCUGCAGAACUGGCUGCCAAAGAAGAGGCUGCUUUACAGAAAAAAACCAAAAAGGAGAAAAAAGAAAAGGGAAAGGAAAAAAAGAAAGGAGAGAAAAAAGAGAAAACAGAAAAGAAAGUUAAAGGAGAGAAGGAAGGCUGGAAAAUGGCUCCCAGUAAUUUCCUCCCAAUGAUGGAGAAAGGAAGCCGUCAAUACGAAGCUGUUUGGCAGAACAGAGACGAGGGAUGGAAUUUCCCCCAGGAGUGUGACCCAGAGCUGAUCAAAGAGAAGCGGGAAGAAGUGGAGGAAGAGAUCAGAGUGCAGACUGACAAAUUGAUGCGACAGGAACUGAAGAAUCUCAAACUAGUUGUUGACAAGGAGAAUGAUGAAGAGAAAAAAGGGAAGAGGAGUGAAGGUCAAAGUGAGAAAAAAGGGAAGAUCAAAAAGAAGAAAAAGUCCAGGAUUGAGGAAGAUCUGACUCCAAACAGGACCAUCGAUUCUCUGUACAAAGAACUAGCGGAACAAGGAUUACUAAUAAAAGCCAAGACAGUGAAUCUCUCCGAUUAUGUUGGCGAGUACAGCUACGCAGGGUCUGUGCUUCGUCAGAGAGGUAUAGAGCCAGUGCCCUCUCUCGCACAUGUCAGACAGCUAAUAGCGCUGUAUGGAAUAUUACCAUUAGGUUCCCAAGCAGUCCAUGAGAAGGCUCCUUUGGUGAAAGCCAUGUUACUUGCUGGACCCACUGGUGUUGGAAAGAAAAUGCUGGUACAUGCCAUUUGCACAGAAACAGGAGCCAACCUCUUCAACUUAACAGCUUCCAACAUUGCUGGGAAAUACCCAGGCGAGGACGGCUUGCAAAUGAUGCUCCACAUGGUAUUCAAGGUGGCUAAAAAACUGCAGCCUUCAGUCGUGUGGAUUGGAGAUGCAGAAAAGACAUUUUACAAAGUGCCGAAGGCUGAAGAAAAGAUGAAUCCAAAACGACUGGAAAAAAUUCUCCCCAAAUUCCUCAAGGUUUUGAGAGCAGAGGACAGAGUGCUGCUAGUGGGAACCACCAGACGUCCCUUUGAUGCUAACCUCAGCCCUUUCUGCAAAGUCUACCAAAAAAUCAUUCUGAUUCCUAGGCCUGACUAUGCUUCAAGAUUUGUCUUAUGGAAACACUUCAUCCUGCAGAAUGAAGGAAUCAUCACCAAAUUGCUGAACCUAAGCUGCCUAGCAAAGUUAUCCGAUGGUUUCACCCAGGGACACAUCCUCCAGGCAGUGCAAACCGUCCUGAGUGAAGAACGCAUCCAGCAGAUGACUAAGAGGCCACUAGCAGCUGUUGAGUUCAUGACUUCUCUGACCAGUCAGAAUCCCGUGUACAAAGAGGAAGAAACAUUUAAGGCUUGGUAUGACCGGACACCACUGGGUAAAGCAAGAAUCAAAGCACUGGCAGAGAGCAAGGAAGCAGGAAAAGAAGGUGGCAAAGGAGCAGCAAAAGGGAAAAAAAAGAAAGAAGGAAAGAAAAAAAAGUAACUUCCUCAAGAAUUUUUCAUCUGGCAAUAGUCAGUCACAGCUCCACUUCACUGGAACAGGGGCGAUGCUUUAGAGGAAUGUACCCCAAAUUAUAGCUAUUUCAGGAAAAUUUUUUCAUUUCUUACUGUAUUUUUCAAAAGUUACGAAGUAGAAUGAGAUGUUUAUGACACAUAGUGCUCAGAGGAUAAAGAGUUAAUGACCACUGACUUGCUGAAGCAUUAUUCUGAGAGAUUUUUUGGGGGCAGAGGGGCUCAUUACUCAGGACUGUAACAUCAUCAACUUUUAGGCUGUACUCAUUUAUUUCAGCAAGAAACUCUCCUUAAAAAGCACACACUCUGCCAGAUUCAACUCACUACUAGCAUAAUCCUGGAGCACAGAGCUUCUGCUCUCUGCUUAUUAAGAGGUCUUCCAGGUAAAAAGGAAUGAUCACAUUUCCAGCGUUUCUGCAUCUUUGUGCUCUGAACCUCCACCUCUUACCGCCCCAGUUUCCUGGGCUAGAGUAGCUUUGUCAAAAAGCACGGUGGCAAACAACUCAUAGAAAACGUGUUGUAGGACAAAUGCUGCAGAGAGAAAAGCCCACCCAAACAUUUGCUUGAGAAGCUGCACUAACAACGCACAGUGGGAAGGGGGUUGGACUGAGGGCCUUAAAAAGGCAGCCUCUCCUCCUUAUAAAGGGGAAACAACUGGAAAAAGGUGCUCCUGGAAAAGGCAAAGCCUGAACAGAAGCCCAGAAAGAUUCCUAUAGGCAACUCACUGUACAGAAAACAGUUUAAGUAAUCAUAUCAUUGAGCACAGCACAGGGAACCAGUUAAUCAAGUGCAUUUUUCCUCUCCCUGAAGGAAGGGAAGAAUAGGCUGAGACACUAACACAGCACAUGGGAUAGAGCCACCUCAACACAGGCCUCUUGUAGUCCUCUUUGACCAGCUACUUUUGGCUGCCUAGUUCAGGGCUCAGCCAGGAUUUUCGCCUUUGAGGCAGCACCUCCAGGCCUGCCAAGGGGGUCUAAAUUGGGGGAGAGCAG